AUGUUGAGGAAAGGAAUUUCUAUUGGAAAUUACACAGAACUCGAGACAGAGCACAUUAAUACCUACACUGACAAGGCAUCUACUGGUGGUAUUCAAGUCGAUAGUACAACAGGAGAGGUUUUCUUCUCAGUCAUUUUUGUUUAUGAUGAAUUUUCUCAAACAGAUUUUAUUGCAGAAUUUAGUGAGCAUCAAACUCUGAAGGAUCAAUUGGACUUAAUGUUUCCUCCUAAUGGACCAAUUUUCCCCUAUGGCUGUGAAAAGGAUUAUGUUUUGCCUAAUUUGCGAGUAUUUUUCUUGGAUCCAACAUCACUCAAGGAUGCUAGUCCGCGCUACAUUGAAAUUAAGAAUUUGAACACAUCACUGAUUAAGAUUCUGACAAGAAAGGACUACUCUUUACCUUCGUCAUUGAUGCCUGUUUUCCACGUAAUCAGAAAGAACCAUGAACUGGAGUUGAACAUCAAGUGA